CAUCAUGCAGCAAAAUUAAGAUUUAUUUAAGGACUUCCAUUAGUUGACUCAAAAUUCGAUUGACUCGGUCAUUCUGGAACCGAGACUCCAACCCAACCCAACAGAUUACUUUAAUUCCGACUGAAGCCUACAGAUUAACUACUAUAGAAACUAUUGGUUCUAGCCAGCUAUGAAAUUAAAUCACACAAUAACAAAUCCACCGACCCACAGCUAACAAUAAUGUUUGCAUUGACAUUUUAAUCUAUAAUCAUUCGUUGACUUUAUGAUCAACUUGCCAAAGCAAAGUCAAUUCAUCAAUGGAGGUUUGGGGUAGCAUAACUUGGAUAAUUAGCCAGAGGAUCAUAUUGAAUUAGACGCACAUACAGCAAGUGCGAAACUUCUAAGGAGAUGGGUAAGCUAACUAGCCAGCCUCAGCCUGCAGCAUCAAUUCACCAUUUCAGCCAUCCACAUCCCCUACAACUCUCCAAUUACCUGCCCCAACAAACCCCAUCGCAUCCACCCUCAUGUUCAGGUUGCAAAUUCAAGCUCUCUCCUGCCUUCAUCUACACUUGCACAAUCUGCAACUACUUCCUUCACAUCCCAUGUUCAAACUUUCCUCAACAUAUCACUCACCCUUUUCACCAAACUCACACCCUCACUCUUCUACCAAACCCCAUUCACCCGCAAUACUUCUUUAACUGUGAUGCAUGUAGCAAGCAAGGCACUGGAUUUUCAUACCAUUGCCCAAUAUGUAACAUUCAUCUCCACACCCAUUGUUCUACUAUGCCAUUGCAAUUAACCCACCACUCUCAUCUUCACCAUCUCAACCUCACAUUCUCUCCUCCAUAUCCUAACAAAGCCUUCUCUUGUGAUAUAUGCAAUAACAUGGGUUCUAAAGAGUGGCUUUACAGAUGCAACUUGUGUGAGUUUGAUGCUCACUUGGCCUGCGCCACAAUAAAACCAACACCUCCUCCGAUUCAACAGUAUUCUCAGGUGCAGCAUAAUUGCCAAGCAACAACACUAACUCCUCAAACUUACGGUCAGGUUCCUGGAUUUCAAUACGCACAAGCACCUACUUUGCAAACCGGUGCACCAACCAAUUACUAUACAAGUAAUGCUUAUGCUGCCCCAGGUGGUGUGAGAACCCAGCAAAAAACUGUGUCAGACAGGCUGGUUAUGCAGUUUCUGUUAAAUGCCACCAUUCCGGGGCUUGGCUUGUUGAUGCAGGGACAGUCGAGGAGUGGCGGUGGUGGUGGUCUGAUUGAGUUUGGAGGUGAUCAAAGUGGUGGUUUUGGUGAUGAAGGCUUGAUUUGAGGUGAUUUGAGUGGAAUGGAUUUUGGCGGAUUUUAAGAUGUCUUAAUCUUGGUUUACUUAACUAAUAAUUAGUGGAAAUUUAUGUAUCAGAUUAUGUAAUUUGUUUUGCUGUAUUUGAUUCAUGAAUGUCAACUUAUGUUGCUUGAAAUA